GUCUGUCUCCAGCACUUCCUUUGUUUCUUGGUUUCCUUCUCUGCCUCUUUUUCUGGGGAUCCUUGUCUCUCUAUCUGUGACUCAGUGUCUGCUUUCGGAUUGGUUCCUUCUCUGUCUAUUGCUCAGUCCUCUCUCAUAGCCUUUCCCGGGCGCUAUCUGUUUUCUUAUCUCUUUUGUCUGGCGCGUCUCCGGGGCGGACAGUCUCCGUCUCGGUUUCCUGUCUCCCUUUGUCUCUCGUCUCUGCCCUCCCCUGCCAGUUUCUCUGUCUCUUUCGCUCUCAUCUCCCUCGCCCUUUGUCUCUGUCUCUGAGCUCCACCCCCUUCCUCUUGCCCCAUGUCUCGUCUCUGUUUGUCCGUCUCUGUCUCCUCCCUUUGUCUGUCUCUGCCCAGCCUCUCCUUCCCCUGGAUCUCUAGUUUUUCCCACUACCUCUCGGUCUCCGUCUCGACCCUGCCUCAUCUCUGCUAGGGUCCGUCCGUCCUUCUUCUCAAAGCCCCUCCCCCUCCCUCUAGUCCUGGGUCUCCGGCUCUGUCUUGUCUCCUUUGUCUCUGCCUCCCUCCCCUUCCCCAGUAUCUCCCGCGCCCCAUCCUUAUCUCCCUCGUUUCUUCUUCCUCCCCCACAUUGCCUAUCUCUAAAGUCUCCGUCUCCUUUUGUCUCUUUUCUCUCAGUUUCUCCGAUUGUCUCCUAGUUCGUCUCCCUCUCUCUUGGUCUCCCUAGCUCUUCCGUGUCUCUGCUUUUUUCUCUUUCUCUCUUUCUCUGGGUCAGGGUCUCUUGGCCCCGGCCUGCCUGCCUGCCGGUGCACCUGGAGAGGCAGAGCCAGACGGAGAGACCUUAGGAGAGGUCCCUUCUCUACCCUAUCCUAUCCUAUCCUACCCUACCCUACCCUACCCUACUCUAUCCUACCCUACCCUACCCUACCCUACCCCCCACCCCUCCGAGGCCGGCCGAGGCUGAGCUCCUCCCCACCCCCUCCCCGUCCAGCUCCUCUUUCCGUGGCGCAGCUUCGAGAGUGAAUCGGUUAAUACCACCGAGUCCGGGCCACCACUCGGCGCCUAGAAGGGCCUCUCGACUGGCGGAAGGCCAUUUCCGGACCCCUCCCUCCACUGGGCCUGAUCGCAUCCUUAGCCACUCAACUCAGCUUCUGGCCGGGCCAACACCAUCGAGACAGCCCGCCUCGUCCUUCUAGAGCGGCCCCAUCGCAGAGAGGAGGCCGCUUCCGCUUCCCGUCCCCGCCCCCACACCUGGCUCUCAGCCUCCCGGACGCCUGGGUCCCUAGUUCCGCCCUCUCCGUUCAGACCUCGGGGCCCCUGGGCCCAACAGGGCGGCCGGUUCUCCGACUCCUGCUAGCACCCCUCCAAGCCGGGGGCGGGGACUCGGAGAAGGACAACCCCCGUGGGGGGGGCGAGGGGACCGAGGCGGCGGGAUUGCCGGGGUCCGAGGGAGGACGCGAGGGAGCGCCCGGAGGCCAAGCCGAGGAUAUCCUCCCUGGGAUGGAGCAAGGGGCUGAGCCAUGGGAUCCAGUUCUUCAAGGCUCAGAGGAGAGGGAGCUCCUCAGAAGCACCCGAACAGGUGAAGGUAUGGGAAAUGAGAAUGAAGAUCACCCUCAGCACCAUGGUCUGGAUUUUGAGGAUGACCCUCAACAGGUAUCUGGCCUGGAUUUCAAGGAAACUCGAGAUGUGGCUUCAGGUCGGGAUGCCGGAGAUAGCACCAUCAAAUUAGAACCAGAAGAGACCUGGGAAGAUAUAUGGGCAAGUGCAGACCAAGGAAAACCCCGUUCUCGAGUUCCCAGACCUCUUUCAGAAACACGGAGGGCACAAGUUGGGGAGAGGGCACCCGUGUGUGGUGAGUGUGGGAAAAGCUUCCGGCAAAUGUCAGACCUGGUGAAACACCAGCGCACACAUACUGGGGAGAAACCCUACAAGUGUGGGGUAUGUGGUAAAGGUUUUGGGGACAGUUCAGCACGCAUCAAGCACCAGCGAACACAUAGUGGUGAGAAGCCAUACCGGCCCCGACCACCAGCUCCCGGCCCCCCUCGGACUCCGAGACCUCGAAUUCCUGCUGGUGAGCGCCCCACCAUUUGUGGUGAAUGUGGCAAGAGCUUUCGGCAGAGCUCGGACCUUGUGAAACAUCAACGCACACACACAGGUGAGAAGCCAUACAAAUGUGCCGUCUGUGGCAAGGGCUUUGGGGACAGUUCAGCACGUAUUAAGCAUCAGCGGACGCAUAGGGGUGAACGGCCUCCACGCACAGUUGCAUCCCGGCGAGUGGCCCGGACUGCUUCUGCCAUCCCCCAUGGUUCAGCAGCUGGACCCAGGGACAAGCCCCACAUGUGUCCAGAAUGUGGGAAGCGCUUUGUGUUGAGCUGCAGCCUCCUGAGCCAUCAACGCAGCCACUUGGGGCCAAAACCAUUUGGAUGUGAUGUGUGUGGAAAGGAGUUUGCUCGUGGGUCAGACCUUGUAAAGCAUCUACGUGUGCACACAGGUGAAAAGCCCUACCUGUGUCCAGAGUGUGGCAAGGGUUUCGCUGAUAGCUCAGCCCGUGUCAAGCACCUUCGCACACACAGUGGAGAGCGGCCCCACGGAUGCCCAGAGUGUGGCCGAACCUUUAGCCUUGGCUCUACACUCUUGCGACAUCGCCUCACCCACCUGGAACCACAGGCCUUUGGAGUUCAUGGGUAUCCUUUGGCUCCCCACAGCCCCAGCUCACCCCCCAGCUCAAGUCCUCCACUAGUUCCUCAUGGCCCUAGUCCCCCACUUGUCCCACGUAGUCCUCCUCAUCCUGGGGAGGGCCCCUUUGGCCUCCCUAGUCUAGAGCCAGAGCCAGAGGGCCCCCAGGUUGGAGAGCCACCCCCUCCAGCAGUGGACAAGCCCCACAAGUGUCCUGAGUGCGGGAAAGGAUUUCGUCGAGGUUCGGACCUGGUAAAGCACCACCGUGUGCACACAGGUGAAAAACCAUACCUGUGCCCUGAGUGUGGGAAAGGCUUUGCUGACAGCUCAGCCCGCGUUAAGCACCUGCGCACCCACCGAGGUGAGCGAGCCCGCCCGGCUCCAGCACCCCCAGCGGCCCUUCUUCGGCCCCACAACCCUCCUGGCGCAGCAGCUCCCACUCCCCGGCCUCGGGGCAGGCCACCUGGCACAAGCAGGACUCAUACCUGUGGGUACUGUGGGAAAGAAUUCCCCCGAAGCUCAGACCUGGUGAAGCAUCGGCGUACUCACACAGGGGAGAAACCCUACAAGUGUGCAGAAUGUGGCAAGGGCUUUGGGGACAGCUCAGCCCGCAUCAAGCACCAACGUGGGCACCUGGCACUACGGCCCUAUGGAACAGGGCCCACCAGAGCUCGGCCCCCCAAGCCAGAGCUGGGAACUGGAUUAGAGUGAUGGAGCCAGAGAGAUGGAUCCAAAAGGGGGAUGGGAGGGAAUUUGCUGCCUGAAGUAGGGAGUAAGGGAAGUGAUAAUUACAGAGUGGAAAAGGAGAGUCAGGAGGCAGAGAGCCAGAGUGGGGGGUGGGGGGGAUUCAGGGAAUGUGUGGGCCCCAGGUAUAGGGGUUCUUAAACUCCAAGAUUCCCCAGUUCCCCACUGGGGACAUCAGAGUUCCCAUUAUACUGCCAGUGUGGUCCUGUCUUCUAUACCAGGUAGGGCUUUGACUUCUAUUUCAGAGCUUUUCUCUGAACCAGUUAGCUGGGGGUAGAAUUAGAAUAGUAUUCCAGUGAAGCCAGACGAAUUCUUGAGUGGGCCAGAAUGUUUGGCUCACCCACCCCAACCAGCCACUUUGCAACUUCUUGACUUUAGUUGAAAGGGCAUUUGACAAAAAUCUACCAAAUGUGUCCUGCUGCUGCUGGGUCUGUGGAGCCAUUUUCAUGAACGUCAUGGAGCGAAGCAGUGUUCAGUCCUCAGUUCCCCAGGACAGAAGAAAGGGCCAGGUGGCUGUGGGUGGAGAAAGCAUACUGACACCAAGGGAGAGGCUUAGCAAUGUGAAUGAAUCUUAAAGGAGUAUUCUUCCCCUCCCCCUAAAAAAGAGGCUAGGUAGGCAAUAAGGGAUUUAUCUCUGGGAUCUCUGCUGACACUGUCUAUUUCCAAUAAACUGUCUCUUGUCUUGAAA